AUGACUUCCACAGGCAAACGGAUCGUCUUCACUGGCGGUAGCGGCAAGGCUGGUCGACAUGUCAUCCCUGCUCUCCAGAAAGCAGKCCACAAGGUGCUCAAUCUUGACCUGAUUCCCUUCCCGGAUCCCGCAGCAAAUGUCUACACUCUGAAGACAGAUCUGACCCAGUCUGGCCAAGUCUUCAAUGCUCUCACCACUCACUACGACAUGACCGAUGGAUACGAGCAAGGAUAUCCAGAGCCUGCACCGGAUGUUGUCAUCCAUUUCGCUGCCUACGCUCGCAAUAUGUUGGUCCCAGACAACGAGUGCUUCCAAGCCAAUGUGACCUCAACAUACAAUGUCAUCGAAGCAGCCUGUAAGCUUGGCGUCAAGAAGAUCAUCAUUGCAAGCAGCGAGACUACAUAUGGCGUAUGCUUCUCGGAGGGUGACACGGAUUAUCACUCUUUCCCACUCGAGGAGGACUACGAUGUAGAUCCCAUGGACUCCUACGCUCUCUCCAAAAUCUGCGGCGAGRAGACUGCUCGGACCUUCUCACGUCGCUUCAAAACCGACAUUUAUGCUCUCAGAAUCGGCAAUGUCAUCGAGCCGCAUGAGUAUGCAACUGAUUUUGAAGCCUAUGUCAACAAUCCCAUGACCAGGAAGAGGAAUGCCUGGUCGUACAUCGACGCUAGGGAUCUCGGCCAGAUCUGCAAUUUGGCCAUUGAGAAGAGUGGACUGGGCUUUCAGGUGUUCAAUGCGACAAACUCGAUCAUUACCACCAAGAUUCCCACCGCACAGUUCCUCAAGGACAACUGUCCCAACACGAAGCUCACGAGGGAGAUGGGAGAGUGGGAGGCGCCAUUGAGCAAUCGAAAGAUUAGGGAGGUCCUGGGGUUCCAGGACGUGCAUGAUUGGAGAAAGUACUACCAGGCGAAGUGA